AUCAGUAUCUUUGCAUAACCUUCAUCCACUCAUCUUCUUUCAUGUCCAAAACUGCGAAAAGGAAAAGCUGCAUAAAUGGCUGAAAGUUUGCUCUCCAUUCUGCUGGUCACCUCAUCAGCAAAAGGCUCGAGCGUCGUUUUCAGAUGGCCUCCGUGUCCACAAACUUCCUCUAGACUUGCUCGCCCUCGCCCCCCAUCUGAUAAUUUGCAGCUCGAUAAUCCAUGGCGGGCUGCAAAUUUUUCUGAUCCAUUCUCUUCAAUCAUGGACAGGCAAAAAAAAGACGAAGCUUUGCUGAAUGACAUGGAUGACUAUGAAUGGAAAAGACCGACCACUCUGCGUGACAGAUCCACCUCCUUCUCUCGUUCUGCUGCUUCCUCUUCAGGGCGUAAUUCUCCAUCUAAAGAUGCCCCAUUCGACCACGAUGAUCUGGAUCAUCCCCAAGAAACAGACGCAUAUCAUGAUCUCUUUGGUUACUCUUCCGAAUUCCUGGCCAGCAUGCUCUGUCCCCAGCGUUCUUUGUGUCACCAGAAGUUCGAGCUGCGCAUAGAUGAUCUGGUCUUCUUGGGGCACCCAGUCGGUGCUGAAUCCGAUGGCUCAUGGCGAUUCAAAUCUGAGAAGUUGAAAUCAGGUUCCAGAGGUCGAGGUUCCAGAAACCGUGAUGCAACUCAGCAAGAUGAUGGCAAGUCCGAGAUAUCUUCUAUCGCAGAGAAAGGUCCUCCCGCUCAGAGCCUUUGGCUACAAAUGUUUCACUUCGUGAUAGUUUUGGAUUUACCCGACCCAUCUUCUUCUGCAUCAGGCAAUGUUGCAAAAUAUUUUGAUGUCAUAUACGAACAGAUAGCUUUCACGGUCACCGCAGUGUUAUUCCAAGAACAAGUGUUGUCCAAUUUCGUAGAAGCUGAGUGUGACAUACUGGUAUCCUUAAAGGACGAGUACAUUGACAAGGGAGAACCAUAUUCUGAAUUUAACGCCCAGGCACUUCUCAGGUCCUCGUUAGCCCCGGCCAUGAAGACUUUGUAUGAAGCUAUACAGUCCUCUACCAUGGCCUAUAUAACAAUACACGAUCUUCCCUUGGAGCUUCAGCUUCCGCCAUAUCUAGAUCAUCUCCUCCACAGCGAGGAAGAAUAUGACCUUGACUUCGUGGACUAUAAGGAAGACGACGACGAAUCGAGAGCUUGGGGACGGGAGAUGAGCUUCGGGUGGCGGCUUCCUGCUUUAGCACCUUGGAAGAGCUUGCUACUGUUGGAUGGUGAUCAAGGACUGGACCCAUACAUGAAUCUCAGAGGCCCACAUGUGAGGCCGGAAGAGAGGACACUGGCACAAGGUCUAAUCAAGUUCUUGGAGACUGCAUCGGUUACUUUGUCACUUGCAGAUAUGGCGAGCCUGUUAGAUUGGGACCUUGAGAAUCAGAUUUAUCCCACCGUUCGCUGGUUGGUUCAUCACAGGAGAGCCAAAGUUGUCGAUAUCGUCCACAGCGGUUUGAAGACCAUUUUUACUCUGCCUCCAAGAUUCGAAGCCUCCCUGUCCAGCCUAUCCAUCGACUUCAAACGGGAGUUUCCCCAUCCAUCUAUACCUCAUUUACCAACGAUACUUUCAAAUGUGUCGACAGCAACUUCUAAACAGUCGGAUAAUCAUUUUUUCGCCACUGUAGUGCAGUCGAAAGAGUUGAUCCCGCUUUACCACGAUGUAGUUUUAUGGAUGCUGAAGCAUGAGCUUCUGCUCACGUUGCAUCUCCGUAUUCGCAUCGUGGCUACGUCCGAGCUGAAGAAAAUCGUGCGUUUUGCUCACGAGCGCAGGCUAGGGCGACUAUCUCAACGUGAACGCCAACGUGCUCGUGGGCGGCAGCUUAGCCAAAAAUUCCUAGAAAGUGGCGAUGAGCUGUCUAAUGGGUUGAGUGAAAAAAGAGAGAUGGCCGGAGUCGCGUGGCUCUCACUCUCACCGAAGACUGCGCGGCGGUAUUCAAGGCGUCUUCCUUCUACUGAAUCUGGACAAAGUAAAGGAAGUGACAUGUCAGGUUCAGUGUUCGUGGAAGACGAAGACGGACAAAUGUAUGAAGAAGAAGAAUCGGAAGAGGAGAAUGUGGGGUGGGGAACGAGAGAGGAUAACGUUUGGCCGUCAAUGAUCAGUGAUCCCGGCAUGGCUACCCCGCUGGAAAGAAGGUGGCUAGCGGCGAUGUCAGAAGGCAAAGAAGAGUAUAUUGCGAGACGGUUUGAAAAGAUAAAUCAAUAUUUCGACGGUAAAAAAACUGACGACGAAAUUUUAUUUCGAGCUGAAAUAUCGAGGAAGCAGCUUCGUGAAGUGCUUCACCACUAUGAAGAAUAUUUGCAAACGUUUCUGCACCCAUCAUAGUUUUUGCUUCAUACUUUGCACCUUUGAAUGUCUUCAAACAAUAAUACCGAUGAAACAUAUUUAACUUCUCGCCUGUGUUUCAUCUAUCAACGUCUAUGUGUGUCAUACCCACCGUCGCGUACUUUAUGGGCUCGAAAGUUAACAUAUUGCAUCAC